CAAAAUUUUUGCAAAUUGCCAGCUUCCCGCCCAUUUUCUCCAUCCCCAUUUUUUUUGCCCCCUUUUCCUUCUUCUCAAAUCUCAAAAUCUUCUUUCUGCGAUACAAUCUCACAAAGUCCAACUGUAAAAAAUUCCCCUCUUUUAUAUGUUCAACAAACUCAAUUUUGGCAAUUCCAUUAUUUCUUUCUCAAUUCGAUGAACUAACUAGAAGCACAAACAACUAGAAAAAGAAAUUAGGUUAAGUUAUACCAGCAGCAGCUGCAGAAAACUCAAAUUUCGACGAAUUUCAGGUGGCGCAAACAAGUUUUGGAUGGAUAUGUUAAUUCAUGAAGAACAAGAAGCUUAUAAAUUAUGAGUGGAAAGGGUUUUAUUGCUGGUGAAGAAUGCAAUAAGAAGCAUCCUAAAGUUAAUUGGGCUGAGCAUGUAAAAUCACAUAAUAAUUUUGCUACUCAAAAUAAGUUCUUAACCUCUAAUUUUCUUUUCUCGCUACCUACACAAAAGGCACAUUCUGAAGACAGGAUGAUGGGCUGCCAAGUUCAGAGUAUUGCCAGAUCACAAACGGAACAGGCUUGGAAGGCCCUCUCGAACCUUCAGCUCGGUUGCAGGAGCUUUGUCAGGCCAGGGAAAACUGUACUGCCAGUGAAGGAUGUAAAUGCCUUUCAGAUUGCUGGAAGACAUACGGUGCCAAAUAACUCACAUUAUAGCAGCAUAAAAAAUUCUGUAAAUCAGCAAUUGCAUCAUAAAAUUGGUGAAAGCAAUGAUAAAAGCGGAGAUCCGACAAGGUAUUAUGCUACCUCAAUUCCAACGUAUGAGGCUUCUGAAGCUGGAAAAGCUAUUGAUGACCAAAACAAGAGAGAGAGAACAGUGUUGCACAACUCUCGUUUACCAAUUCCUGAAGGUUCAUGGCAUUAUAAUGUCAAGGCCAUAAGUGAUAGCAAAGGGCCGGACGAGGCAAUUACCGAUGUCGUAAAUGAUGAUGAUAUCCUCGAGAACAUUGAUGUUGACCAAAUAGUCAUGGAGCACUACCAAUCAAGUUGUACUCCUCAGCCUACUGGUUCCAAGCCUCUACAAGUUACUCCAGUGGCAGCUAAACAUGAUAUUCUGAGACAUGACGGAACCUUGCUGCCUCCAGAAUUGUGCUGUAAUUGCAGUCAUGGAACUCAGCUAGGACUCUGUCCAGAAGGGGCAAAUCAUCUGCAAGAGAUGAAAGAUACGUUAAUUUCCAUAUCAAAUGAACUGCUUGACAAUUUGGAGUUAACUCCUGAGAGAAUGGAGACGCUUCGCCAGGACAGGUUGCAGCUAAAUAAGCAAAUUCAGCUUUUGGAGACUCAAGUCCGCAAUUCUGCUAUUGAUAUAGAGAGGCAGAAUUCUCAAUUUUCUGCAUCAACAGCAAAUGUAAGGGGCUUUUAUCAUGAAACACCUCAGGCAACCUUUAGGUCGUCGAAUGGAAAUGGUACACCUCAGACAACCUUUGGAUCUAUGAAUGGAUAUAAUACACCUCAGGCAUCUGGCUACAGAGCAGUUCCAAUGAGAUUAGAUAACCAGUUCAAUAACUUUGAUGAGUCAAGUGGCUAUAAUCAUUGUAAUGCAUCAUCAGUUCCGUUCACUUCUAUGGAGAGAUUUGAUUUUUCAUCAGCUCCCAUGGUGAGAGAGCCUUUUACACCCAUGGUUGUUGAUGUAAAUUACAUUGAAGGUUCAAGUGACAAGAAAUGGAGUAGCAGGGACUUCCCAUGGACGAAGAAGUUGGAGGUUAACAACAAAAAGGUGUUUGGUAAUCAUUCUUUUCGACCCAAUCAAAGGGAAGUAAUCAAUGCAACCAUGAGCGGUCAUGAUGUUUUUGUUUUGAUGCCUACUGGAGGAGGAAAAAGUUUGACAUAUCAACUUCCUGCUCUAAUUUGUCCAGGAGUAACACUAGUAGUAUCACCGCUUGUUUCUCUCAUCCAAGAUCAGAUUAUGCAUCUUUUGCAGGCAAAUAUACCAGCAGCUUACUUGAACGCCAACAUGGAAUGGAGUGAACAGCAAGAGAUACUUAGAGAACUUUGUUCAGAUACUUGCAGAUAUAAGCUCAUAUAUGUUACGCCAGAAAAAAUUGCCAAGAGUGAUGUUUUCCUGCGGCAUUUGGAGAAGCUAUAUUCGCUUGAGUCACUUUCCAGGAUUGUUAUUGAUGAAGCCCAUUGUGUCAGUCAGUGGGGACAUGAUUUCAGGCCAGAUUAUCAGAGUCUUGGUAUCUUGAAACAGAAGUUUCCAACCACGCCAGUUCUUGCUUUAACUGCCACUGCAACAGCUGUUGUCAAGGAAGAUGUUGUGCAAGCACUUGGUCUUGCCAAUUGUGUUGUUUUUCGGCAAAGUUUUAACCGUCCAAAUUUGUCGUAUUCAGUUAUCCCUAAAACAAAAAAGUGUGUGGAGGAAAUCGACAGCUUCAUCAGAGAAAAUCACUUUGAUGAAUGUGGUAUUAUUUAUUGCCUUUCCAGAAUGGACUGUGAAAAAGUUGCUGAUCAGUUAAAGGAGCGUGGACAUAAAGUAGCAUUUUACCAUGGCAAUAUGGAAGUUGCCCAACGUGCUUUUGUUCAGAAGCAAUGGAGCAAAGAUGAAAUUAAUAUAAUAUGUGCAACUGUUGCUUUUGGAAUGGGUAUCAAUAAACCAGAUGUUCGGUUUGUGAUUCAUCACUCCAUUCCAAAAUCUAUUGAAGGCUAUCAUCAGGAAUGUGGUCGUGCUGGCAGAGACGGACUACGUGCAUCUUGCAUGCUGUUCUACAGUUACAGUGAUUAUAUUCGUGUCAAGCACAUGCUCAGCCAGGGGGUAAUUGAGCAAAGCGCAUCUUUAUCUAUGCAUAAUCGUUCGAAUUCAUCAAGUUCUGGGAGAAUAAUUGAAACUAACAUAGAGAACCUUUCACGCAUGGUGAGCUAUUGUGAAAAUGAAGUUGACUGUCGACGUCUUCUACAGCUUGCUCACUUUGGAGAGAAUUUUGACCCUUCUCACUGUAAAAAAACAUGUGACAAUUGCUCUAAGAUAAGAAGUUCUAUUGAGAAGGAUGUUACACAUGUUGCAAUACAAUUGGUGGAGCUUGUAAGGUCAACAGGACAGCAUUUCUCAUCAGCUCACAUCUUGGAAGUCUUCCGGGGCUCCUUAAGUCAAUAUGUCAAGAAGCACAAGCAUAAUUCUCUGAAACUUCAUGGAGCAGGAAAAGGUUUGGCGAAGGGUGAAGCUUCAAGAGUGCUCCGUCACCUUGUUGUAGAGAACUUUCUUGUUGAGGAGGUCAAAAAAAGUGAUUUAUAUGGAUCUGUCUCAUCAACUCUAAAGGUCAACGAUAGCAAAUGUAGAGUCCUUUUCUCUGGCAGUGAAAAGAUCAUCUUAAGAUUUCCUUCAACCACCAAAGUAUCAGCAUUGAAAUUAACCAGGGCUGAGGCAACAGCGGCCAAGUCCAUGUCCUCUUUGGGGAAAACAAGUCCCCCGCAAAGUAACACUUCUAAACCUGAAUCAGAUUAUGACGUGAAUCUCGCUGCUAAAUUGUACUCUGCUCUUAGAAAGCUAAGAAUGGCCCUCAUGACAGAAGGUGGAGAAAGGCUCAUGGCACAUCACAUAUUCACGAAUGCGACAUUGCAUCAUAUCGGCAGGAGGGUACCUCGAACCAAAGAAGAACUACUAGAAAUAAAUGGCAUCGGCAAUAUAAAGCUGAACAAGUAUGGUGAUCGUAUGCUGGAAAUCAUUGAAGCUACGAUCAAGCAGCAUUAUAAGAUAGAUAAAAACAGCAGCAGCAGUAAUGAGAGCGCAGAUUCAAUAAAAAGGAGAAGAGAGGCUGCUGCCAAGGUUUCGAAUGGUAUCUCUAACGACAAUGAGGAUGACCUGACGGAAAGCACUGGGAGAUCAAAGAAAAGAGCUGUCCAAGCCAAGAACAUUGCUGAAGUCAAACCCUUAGACAUUGAUGUAUUUAGUGAAUGCUUGGAUGAUGUUGAUCUUGAUUUUGAUGACUCAGUUUACGAGACUCUGACUAAUGGGUCGAAUCCAAGGGGUGAAACUAAUGCUAAUGGAAGAAAGCUGCCUUCGUGGUCAGGACAAAGCAACAUGUAACUCAGCUAGCCUAGAAAUGUUACAAUUAUGUUCUCAAAUGUGUUAGUGUAUGUAUAUAGAUGUAGAUUUCAGCUUAGGCUACCCCGUUUAUGAGGCGAAAGAUAUACUGGACGGUUGGAAAUGAAGUUCUGCUGAUGUAUUUAGCCAAAGAAGAUAAUGUCUAUAAAGCUUUUGAGCUCGCAGUCAACUUGUAUUGGUAAGACAUCCAACCAAUCAUAUACUACUAUGACAUCCUUGUUUUUUUUAUUCAUAUGAGC